ACAUAAAAUAAACUGUCCAAUAAUCAUGUCAGAUGACCUACCAAAAUUGUCUGCUAACUCGUCAUACAAGUUUGGAGUGGUAAUGGUUUAUCGAGCAACUAGCUUAAGAAAAAGAAUCAUCUCUAUUAAAAGCAUCGCUCAAAACCGUACUUCAACAGCCUAAGUUCCCCACCAGAACAGCCCACCUUCCGAUUUCUGACUUUAAUUAACUUGUUAUGCGUAACCAAUGGCUAUUUAAGUACCUGGCGGACGAACAAAUUAUACAAACGUCAGUUGGAGUUCCACGAAUCAGACCAUAAGAGUAGUGAUGGAUGUGAUUAAUGCCAUCGUUUACACAGAGAGUCAUUCCUGCCGCACAGGAAUCACGGUUUUCUAGUCAAAAACAAAAUUGCAUACUGUCAAAGAUUUGAAACAUACAACUAAAGCUUGGAAAUCAUGCUCAGUGGAUAAACAGGAACAAUGGACAGCAAGCAAGACAAUGGGGCAUGUAGAUGUCUCCUUUGUCAACUUUGUCCCAAGUAUUAGAUUCAGAUUCAAUGGUUUCUAGGACCCUAAGGAAUGGUAACUGCCAUGCACUGGAAGAGUGCAUCAGUAAGAUCUGCAAACUUGGAAAUCAAUCGGACAAUCUGACUGGGAAUUUCAGAGGGAAAGUAGUAUAGUAGCAAGUGGAAACCAGUUUAGUGGACAGGAAACCUAGGAAUGUUCCAGGAAUGUCGAUUGUAGUCUGUAGAUGUCUCUUAUUUGCAUAAUGCUUCAGGGUGUUCAUAAGAUCAUCUUCUAACUCAAGAAAGUUGAGAAUUCAUUUUUCUUUAUCCUUUCUGAAAACAAAAGAUAUCACAAGAAACGAGAACCUACGGUUAUGGCAUGAAUCCUCCGCCUUUGGUUGACUGAUGCAUCACCCGUCUUUUCCAUUCCUUCCUAUCAAUCCCAAUAUUCAUAUAAACAAAAUGCACAGAAAACUAACAUCCAACCUAGCUCAUAGAUACAAUAAGAAGCUCAUACAAAAGCAAAUGGUUUGCUAUCAAAGAUUAUUCACAGGCACACCAAAAAAAAAAAAAAUAAAGACAUGCAGCUUUUUAUGUCAUCAUGUGCCCUAAAAAUGGUAAAACUCACAAAGAAAAUACUAGCGAUCCAGACAAGAAUGGCAGAAGGUACCAUGAGACAGCUCGCAGAAAGCCCGCAAUUUAGCAUUGAGAUGAGAAGUGAGGUGGGUCUUGGCAAUCAUACUGUGCAGUGGCAAGAAAGACUGGACGCAUCCCAACUCUCCAAAGUUCCUGGAAGACCACAAUUCAAGUGUUCAGCAUAAAAGAAACAGAGAGAACGUACUGAGAAACCUGAAACCCAACAAAAGAGUGAAAGCAUUCAGGGGUAUGCAGGCCUAACUCCCUAGCUUUUAGUAGUUUAAAAGUAGGUUACAAGUAACAGCUUGCUUUGACAGAGCCCACUGUCACCUUGAUUUACGUGCUUCUGACGACUGACUAUUGCAUAAACAAGAUGCAGAUCAACCAUGCUAAACGCCCACCAUCGGGCAAAUGCAAACGAAUUUCAUUGAAUACCUUCCUUUGCUCUUUCGAAAUGCCAAACAACCACCAAGACAGGCUAAUUCUGAAUUGAUAAACCGUACUAAGCUAACUUCCCCGUUACUUCCACUGAAAUCAUCCCGUGACUAGUACUAAAUUGGAUCCAAAUAAACCCGGUUAUUCAGAAGGAAGGACUCCAGAUUGUGCAAAUUAAAUGACGAGACGCCCCGAAUGUCGCUUCAACGCUAUCAAGCAGAUUGGUAUUGACAAGUGCGAGCAAGAUACCUGGAAGGAGAGAAGGAGAGCCGGCGCGACUGGACGCGGGGAGCGGAGGUGGUCGACGGGCGGAGGCGGGGAAGCGGAGCUGAAGAGGAACGCACAGAUGGUGCCCUGGCCGCAGACAUCAAGGAACGCGACAAGGAAGAAGCUCCAUUGCGCCAGGCCAUGAUGGUUUGUGGUGCGAACAGUGAUGGACAAAGGCGAAGGCUGCGAAGACUCGAUAGCAGUGUGGCCAAAAGAGGGGUUUUGCUUUAGGGUUUAAGAUGGCCCAACCGCCCAACGGUGCAAAGAAAAUAGUGGAUGGUCUCUUGAUGAUCAAACUAUAAGUGUACCCGACACUACUAACUCGCCCGAUCAACUCGACUCACAACCCGAUUUGAAUAAAUGUCAACAAUCCGU